GCUAUAGCAAAGACGCUUUGUCUGACAUCUUGUUUUCGGUUCGAUUGGUCUAGUUCGCGUGUGGUGUCGAAAAGUGUUAAAUUUACCUGUAAAAAGUGUUCCAUUUCACAGGAAAAUAGUGUAAAAGUGUGACGUAAAGUGAUUUACAUAGGAUAAAAGUGAAAUUCGAUCGGGAGCUGUCGGAUUUUGUGCGUAAAUUGAAAUUCUUUUUCGGGGCUGAAUUCGUCGCCAAAAGCGAAGCAAAAACGAAGUGCAGAGCCUCAAAGGAGGUACUAGAUUAGCAAAACAAAGCAGCAGGGGUGUUCAAGAAAAAUGAGCAAGAGAAGGCGUAGCAGUUCCAUUCUGGAUGAGGACGAUAGCGAUGAUGAUAGCCUACCGGAGCAGUCUCCCGUUGCGCCAGGAUCAAGGAAGAAGAAGAAGCUAGAUCCGGCUGAAAUCUGCCAACAUCUUUACGAUUCACUGCGCACGUUCAAGAAGGAGGAUGGAACAACGCUUUGUGAUACCUUCAUCCGAGCUCCCAAGCGACGUCAGGAACCGUCCUACUACGAAGUGGUAGCCAAUCCGAUUGAUCUGUUGAAGGUUCAGCAAAAACUGAAAACUGAGGCGUACGAAGAUGUAGACGACAUGACGACGGAUAUCGAACUUAUCGUGAAAAAUGCAAAGGCAUUCUACAAGCCGGAUACUCCGGAAUAUCAGGAUGCCUGCCAGUUGAUGGACGUAUUCAACACAAAUAAGCAAAAGCUGAUGGAAGGAAUGGAUCAAGAGUCGGGAGAGGCGAAGCCAAGGAAGAUUACCAGGCCAAGGAAGUCGAUGCACAAAGAUGACGACACGGACGGAGAUGAUUUGGAUCCGUACGAGGAACUGUUCAAUGCCGUGAUGACAGCGACGGAUGAGAACAGAGAAUUGCACCGAAUGUUCCAGUUGCUCCCAUCGAAGAAGCUUUAUCCGGACUAUUACGACGUGAUUGAUCAUCCAAUCGAUUUGAAAUGCAUUGCGGUCAAAAUCCAAACGAAUGCCUAUUCGACGUUGAACGAUAUGGAGAAGGAUCUACUGCAGAUGACCAAGAAUGCUUGCACUUUUAAUGAGCCCGGAUCGCAGAUCUACAAGGAUGCGAAGAAUUUGAAGCGAAUUUUCACCAACAGGAAGAUUGAGAUCGAAAACGGGCGACUGAGGAAAAGUGCCAACAGGAAGGCCCGCACUGGAACCAGCUUGAGUGCCAUGGUGGCCGCCCUGAAGGAAGAAGUUGAGAGCUCCGAUGACGAGCUGGACGACUCCAUGGACACGGAAGGCGAAGGACCGCUUUGGCAGUUGUUCGACCAACUUUACAACACCGCAAAUACUAAUGAUCCCAAUGCUGUAGGCGCUCCGCUAGGAGAAUCCCUUUGGAAGCUGCCCAACCGGCGAUUCCAUCCGGAGUACUACACCAUGGUAAAGAAGCCUAUUUCGAUGGGCCAAAUCCGAAACAAGCUCAAGAAGGGAUUGUAUGCCAACGUGACCGACAUGAGUGCCGACUUGUACGUGAUGUUGGACAACGCCAAGAAGACGAAUCCUCCCAGUAGCAAGAUCUACAAGGACGCCGUCAAAAUGCAAAAACUGCUCAACCAGAAGCUGAUCGACUCGGGCGAUUUGGACGAAAGUGAAGAUGAAGAUGACACGGACUCUUCUUCGGUUGCCGCCACACCAGCUAAGAAGCCAAACCCCCAGAAGAAGACUCCACGACCUCGUUCGUCCAUGUCCAUGGUGCAGUCUCCACCGCAAUCCGCAACGAGCACCCCAAUCGCAAAGUCCGCCAAAAGCCAACAAUCGUUUCUCACCGCCCUGCGGAAGAAGUUGCUCUCGCUGCACGAAUACAUGUUGCAGUACACGGUCAACGGACGCCAACCGAUGGGUUUGUUCAUCGAGAAACCGUCGAAGAAGCUUUAUCCGGACUACUACCAGGUGAUCCAGCAUCCGAUCGACAUGACCACCAUCGAGAACAACAUCAAAAGCGAUCGGUACGGAGUGCUGGAUGAUGCCGUCGGAGAUUACCGGCUGAUGUUCUCCAACUGUCGCAAGUAUAACGAGGAGGGAUCGAUGAUCUACGAAGAUGCCAACAUUCUGGAAAAGGCACUGAAUGAGAAGCUGAAGGAAUUCUCCGGCAUUAAUAAACGAUUCAGCAUGCCCAAGUCGGCGUCCAAACCGAAGACCAAGUUGAACACAUUGGAAUCCAAGUUGAAGCACUUGUACGACACCAUCCGUGAGUACCGGGAACCGAAGGCCAACCGGCAGCUGUCCUUUAUCUUCAUGAAACUGCCAUCCAAGAAUAACAAGGAAUAUCCCGACUAUUACGACAUCAUCAAGAAUCCCAUCGAUUUGGAACGGAUCGAGUUUAAAUUGCGCAAGCAGAACUACGAAAGCGUGGACGAUAUGGCGGCAGAUUUUAUGCUCAUGUUCGAGAACGCUUGCAAGUACAAUGAACCGGACUCGCAGAUCUACAAGGACGCCCUCUGCCUGCAGCAGUUGAUCAUCCAAACCAAACAGUCGCUGCGAAGCGAUGAAACCGUGCCGGAUGUUCCGCAAGCGGUCCAGGAACUGCUUUUGUCGUUGUUCACCACGUUUUACAACUAUCAGGACGAAGAGGGACGAUGCUACUCGGAUUCGUUGGCUGAAUUGCCUGAACAUGACGAGAAUCCUGAGGGGAAUAAGGUACGCGGCAUUUCUUUGGAUCUGAUUAAACGUCGUCUGGAUAAGGGUCUCUACAAGCGGCUCGAUUCGUUCCAAGAGGAUAUCUUCUCCUGUUUGGAGCGAGCGCGAAAGCUGAGCCGUACCGAUUCCCAGGUGUUUGAGGACUCGAUUGAACUGCAGUCGUACUUCAUCAAGAAGCGUGACGAGCUGUGCCGGAAUGGCAACGUACUAGAAUCGCCUGCACUUAGUUACAAUACGAUGCAUCUGAUGGCAGCCGUAGAGGCGUUGAGGCAAACCAAGCUACUGGAAGAGGAAACCGAUAACGAAACGGAUACCACGCAAGCAUCCCAAGGCGAGAGUAUGACUAUUGACCAGAAGGUGUUCUCACCGGGAGAUUUCGUUUACAUCGAUAUUCCUGAGAAUAAAAUUCCGGGAAUAAUGUACAUCGAACGCCUCUGGACCAACAGCGACAACGUGAAGAUGAUGUACGGCAGUAUGUUCCUGCGACCGUUUGAAACCUAUCACGUGCAAACUCGCCGAUUCCUCGAGAAAGAAGUAUUCCGAAGUGACCAACAUCUGGCCGUGCCGCUGUCGCAGGCUCAGAACAAGUGCUUCGUGAUGUUCGUGAAGGAUUACUUCAAAACCCGUCCGGAGGGAUUCGCCGAGAAGGAUGUGUACGUCUGCGAGUCGUACUACACCGUUAAGCGGCGGUGCUUCAAAAAGCUCAAAACUUGGAACAUGGUUCGGGUGACUGAUCCGGUGACGUUGGUUCCCAGGGAGACUCCGCUGGAGAUGAAGCGAGUCAUGUCGGUGUUCAAGGAGCGGGUAGAAAAGCACAAGGAGGAGCUCUCGGAGCUGCAGAUGCAGGAAGCGCUGGUUGAGAAGGAGAAGCCGAAUGUGGUCGUGUAUGUGAAUGGUGGGGAUGAAGGAACGGUAUUUUACGAGCAGUACAACACCGUCUGCGGUGGCGUUGUCAAGACGGGGGAUUACGUGUACGUGGCAACUGAAACGGGAAAGCAGUCUGUGGCGCAGAUUCAGUCGAUAUGGGAAACCAAGGAUGGAAAAUCCUUCUUCCGCGGUCCAUGGCUUCUGACACCCCCGGAGGUUCCAGGAACAAUCAGUCGUCUGUUCUACCGGCAGGAAGUUAUGCUCUCAACUGUGCAGGAAACUACACCAACCGUUGCAAUCGUCGGACGUUGUGCUGUAUUGGAGCAACAUGAAUAUGUUACAAGACGCCCCACCGAAAUCGCCGAGGCGGACGUGUUCCUCUGCGAAUCCGUGUACGAUGAGCUGAAGAAGCAAAUUCGCAAGGCCGGCGCGUUGAAAAAGUUCACCCACACCCAAAUGGUGACGCAGGACGAGAUCUAUCACUUCCGGCGUGCGAUCAAUCCACCCAAGGUUACUUGCGGUGAAAUUGCAGCCCUGCAGGAAAACAGACCCAUUCCGUCGUCUGAUCUGGAAAUCAAGGACGAGUUCGGCAUCAUCGAUGACUCGAUCGACGGCCCACCGUCCAUCGGUUCGGAUGUGGUUGCCACGGCGUCCCCGGUGCCUCCCGUUUCCGUCGGAACACCGCAAGCCUCGGGCAAAAAAGCCAAAAAGGAAGGCAAAAAGCUGGUCACCGGUUACAUUCUGUACUCGAGCGAGCGUCGGAAGACCGUAGUGGCCACCCAUCCGGAAGCAACGUUCGGUGAGAUCAGUCGCAUUGUUGGCAACGAGUGGCGCAACCUGACUGACGCGGAGAAGUCCUCCUGGGAGCAGAAGGCCACCAAGAUGAACGAGGAAAAUGCGGCGAAAUUUGUAGCAGAAAAUGGGGAGGUUAGCUGUCCGAGCCCGGCCCCGGCUAAACCGGAUGGUCCGCUCGUCCAAGAAAUAAUGCCCAAUCAUGUUUACGAAUGCUGCUGGGAUAAGUGUGACCACCAGUUUGAGGAUCCGUUCGAUUGUACCGAGCAUUGCAUCACGGACGUUACCGGGUGCGUGUACAAAACGUUCAUGAAGAACGCCGAACAGGAAUUCGUUUGCAUCUGGCGUGGAUGUGUCCGUUUGCGCCGUAGCAUGCCGCCGUUCCCGCACAUGCAGCGUCUGGUGAAGCACGUUCGCGAGGUACACUUGACGAAGACGGCGGCCAAGCUGGUGCUGCCGCAGGACCGUAGCAAGAACUUCACACCGGCAAAGCGACACUCCGUUUCGCAACCGCAUCCGUCGACGAUCGUCAAGCAGCAGACGGUGCCGGUUGCGGCCGCCAGUCCGAGUGCGACAGCAUCUUCCGGUUCGGGUGCCGCAAGUGGAUCGUCAGGAACGUCUGCAACGCCGGCUGCUGCUGCGGCUCAAGCUUCUACUGGAGGAUCUAGCCAAACGUCCGGGGCAAACAAUCAGUCAAGUAAUUACAUUCCAGCACCGUAUUAUAAUUCAGUCGUGCCAGCUCCGCCAGCCGAGCCGCUGUUCGUCACAGUUCCACCCCGGCCCCAGCGGGUGCUCCACUCGGAGGCGUACAUUCGCUACAUAGAAGGUCUGCAGAACAACAGCGAGUACAUAACGCCCUGGCAGAAGACCCUGACCGCGACCCGGGAGUCCAUCCCCAAUCAGGACGCCAGCCGCCUACCGGUGCAUUGGCUCGGCAAGAGGGGACGCGACAAGCCGGAAGCCGUCGUCGACGCCAUCUGGCAGCUGCGUGGAUUCCUGAUGAAGGACGUCAUCCAGUUCGAUCGGUUCUGAAUCUGCUGGAGCAAUGGCGAAGCGUAAGUAUGGUAUGUGUACUGUGCGUAUUGGGAUUUCUUUCAACGAAAGAUGAUAAUCAUUCUGUUUCAAAUGGUGCGAGUUGAGUAUAUCUCCACCUGAUAGUGAUACGCAAACUGUCAAUGUUUUAGGAUUUCCUCUUUUAUGAACUUAUAAUUAUGCUAUAUUGUAAGGAAUAUAUGUGUGUAUGUGUAGGCGAACAAUCUCAUACGAA